CAUCUGCGCGAGGUGCGCAUGCCCAAUGGCAGAGACUAGCUCGCACUCGUCAACCACGCACCGGGCCGAGCUGUCAUCCACGUUCUCGUCAUCUUCUCCAGCCGACAACCGUGUUUCACCGUGUUUUAUCCCCAACUGUACACGUCGGGCCUCGAUGACACUUUUUAGACACAGCGGCCCAGACGCACAAGAUUGAGCGUUUUUCAAAGCGGAGAAAACGAGACAUUAUCGAGACAUCAUUUUCUCAGCAAAUAAGAAGGUGCAAGAUGACGUUGGAUAGGGGUUGGAUGUGGUGCGUGCUGCUCCUGUCCUCCCUGGCUGUGGCAGCUGUAGCGGCCCAGGAGAACCAGUUGGACGUUGAUGUUUCAGACAUCGAUGAAGAUGUGGCAUUGGAUGAGGAAGAAUUGGAGGUUCUGAUGGCAGAAGAAGAGGAGGAGGCAACGGGGAUGGAUGAAGACAACUAUGAUGAGACUGUCGACACAGCAAGUGCUGGCAAGGCUGAAAUGGAUGCAAAUGUUUCUUUCCAGGUAACCUACAAGACUCCUGUUCCCACUGGAGAUGUAUACUUUUCGGAGACAUUUGAUGAUGGAACACUGGACAGUUGGCAGCUGUCGAAGACAGUAAAGGGGGAUGCAGAUGAUGACAUCGCCAAAUAUGACGGGAAGUGGGCUGUGGAGCAGCUGAAGGAGAACAAAGUUCCAGGAGACCAGGGUCUGGUGCUCAAGUCCCGGGCCAAACACCACGCUAUCGCCGCAAUGCUUAACAAGCCCUUUGUCUUCAAGGAUGAGCCUCUGGUCAUACAGUAUGAGGUGAAUUUCCAGAAUGGUAUCGACUGUGGUGGAGCAUACAUCAAACUGCUAACAGACACUGGCAAUCUUAAUCUGGAGCAGUUCCAUGACCGUACACCUUACACCCUCAUGUUUGGACCAGACAAGUGUGGGGAGGACUACAAGCUGCACUUCAUCUUCCGCCACCAGAAUCCCCUGAACAAAGACAUGGAGGAGAAGCAUGCCAAGAGGCCUGAUGUCGACCUCAAAAAGUUCUACACCGACAAGAAGACUCACCUCUACACUUUAGUCCUGAACCCAGACAACAGCUACGAGAUGCUCAUCGACCAGUCCAGUGUGAGCCGCGGCAGCCUGCUGCACGACGUGGUGCCACCAGUCAACCCAGCCAAAGAGAUAGACGACCCAAAUGACUCCAAGCCGGAGGACUGGGACGAGAAGGCCAAGAUUCCUGACCCCGAGGCUACCAAGCCCGAUGACUGGGAUGAAGAUGCUCCAGCAAAGAUUGACGACCCUGAUGCUUUGAAGCCAGAGGGCUGGCUGGACGAUGAACCAGACUUUGUCGCAGACUCUAAUGCUGAGAAACCAGAAGACUGGGAUGAGGAGAUGGAUGGGGAGUGGGAGGCCCCGCAGGUUCCUAACCCAGCCUGUGAGACAGCCCCCGGCUGUGGGGAGUGGAAGCGUCCCCAGAUCAACAACCCUCAGUACAAGGGCAAGUGGAAAGCCCCUCUGGUGGACAAUCCCAACUAUCAGGGAGUCUGGAAGCCGCGUAAAAUCGAUAACCCGGACUACUUUGAAGACCUGCAGCCGUUCAGGAUGGCACCUUUCAAGGCCGUGGGCUUGGAGUUGUGGUCCAUGACCUCGGAUAUCUACUUUGACAACUUCAUUAUCACCUCUCACAAGGAGGUGGCCGACCGCUGGGCCUCUGACAGCUGGGGGCUCAAGAAACUGGUGGCCAGCGCUAACGAGCCGGGGAUUUUUGCUCAGCUGAUGAUGGCAGCAGACGAGCGCCCGUGGCUCUGGGUGAUCUACAUACUGACGGUUGGCCUGCCCAUAGGACUGGCUGUGCUCUUCUGCUGGCCAAAGAAGUCAGACGACGAUGAUUAUGUGUACAAGAAGGUGGAUCCGCCCCAGGCUGAUGUAGAAGAGGAGGAUGAAGAGGACGGAGAAGAGGAGGCAGCAGAGGAGGAAGACAAAGCAGCCGAGGCUACACACGGAGCAGCAGCUGCAGCAACAGAAGAGGCUGCGGACGACGACGAUGAGGAGGAGGACGAAGCCGAUGCGGGAGGGGACAAUCUAGAGAGGGAUAAUGACGAGGAGGAGGAGGAAGAAGAAGAAGAGGAAGAGGAGGAGGAGGGAGAAGAGGAGAGCAAAGCUCCUGAGAGAAUAAUAGAAGAGGAGCCGAAGGAGGGCGGAGACAUCACCGAAGAGAGCCACAAACAGGCUGUGAGAAAGAGGAGGGUACGGAAAGACUGAGACGUGAGUGACCGACUGUCUCCUUUCUACCCGGAUGCGGAGGAGGUGGAAGGGCCGUCUCAGCUGCUGCUGCUCCCCCCCCCUCUCUCUCUCUCCACAAGCGGAGCAGCAUGCAUUUCCUCCAAACCACGUGGUAGCCUGCAGUCACCCCGGCUGCCCCAUCCCUUGGCUACACCCAUCACAGGACCCUCCCGUCUCUCUCUCUCUCCCUCCCUCCCCGCCUGCUCUUUGAACUAUCCAAUGAAUCCCCUGGAGAUUAUGUGCAUUUAGAUGUUUUCCCUCCUCCAUCCUGAGUUUCCACGCUUUUUUCAUCCUUCUUUUCUCAAAGCAAUUGCUGUCACAACCCCCGUCAGCCUAAAGAGGCCCACCUCUUCCGCCGCUGUUCCUGUUCUGCUGUCAGUCUGUCUCUCUGAAUAUACGCCAUCGUAGAUCUCCUGUGAGAGUGAAGGCAGCAGGGAGCGUCUGCACUGCCGCCAGCUGUUCGUACUAUUUGAAAGCAUAUCAUAGGGGCAACAUCUCAGAAGUUACCUUAUUUGUGUGUCCUUGGUUUUAUAGAACAUGUUUGAGGACACGAUUGGACAAAGUUCCAUCCCCGUUUGAAGUUGUUGAAGUUUUAAGAACAGGCCAGGCGGAGGGGUUGCCAGGCUGCUAGGAAAGGCUGUUUGACAUGUUACUGCAGUGUCAGGACAUUUCAGCUGAGAAGUUGCCUCAGCUUAGGUUAAAACGUUUUAUUUUCUAAAUGGACAUUCUGUGUAGAUUUUAGGUAGUUUGUAAGGAGCAUUACUUUGGUGUUUAAUACUGUUAGAGCAAUUUAAGCAUUGAUGAUUAGCACAGAUCACACUAUUUAUUGGUUUCGUUUGUUUUAUGUUAUCUAUUAAGAUUUAAGUGACUUGAGGCAGUUUUCUUAAAUAUGAUAUGCUGCUGGUGUGCCGAUUCUGAAACACUACCUGAUCAAAACACCAAAUGCCUUGGCCAUCAGUUGUCAAUAAGACCGAGUAUAUCAGUGGGUUCCUACAGCAAACAGCUGUGGAAACAUGUCUCAUUCAGUCCGCACACAGCGGUGCUCCCCCACACUAGCUAGACCAGCUGGAGAUCAGAUCCUAGAUCAUUGCCUGGGGUAAAACAUUCAUUCUAAUUUGUUUUUUUUAUUAUUGUCUCAAGCUUUUGUAGUUCAUGUUCUAGCCAAAUUCUGGCAGAUAUCCCUGUUUACAUUUGUUUGCAAAUUGUACAUUGCUCUUGAAAAAAGUAUUUAAUAAAAAUAAAAUUCAAAAGUCUGAUCAAAUGAGACAUCUUUCAUUUAGAAGGAUCUUUUCUUUUGCUCUCUGACAGAUAAUGUAGGGUUGUGAAAGUGAC